ACAAUAAUAAUAUCCUUUAUGUGACAGAGUUAUAUUAACUAUAAUUGUUUUAUUUGUUAUACUUUAUUUCUAAGGUAUCAUGUUUUACUUGGUAAUUGUAAAGUUGUUUCAUGUUUAUAGCUUUUCAGAUCGGGAUCAAUUACCUAAUUUUAAUCUAUGACACCAUUGUCUUAAUUUACAGCCAAUCAGCGUGGCUUCUCCUAAUCACGUGACCAUUGUUUUAUUUUUUACCAAAGGAGAAAGCCACACAAAUUUACAAGGAAAUUUUUUAUCGAAAAAAAAGUAUUUCCAGUUUGUUUCACGCAACUUAGGUGCGCGAUCCGGUUUGAACCGGUUUGGGGAGAACUUGUGUCACAACAUGGAAGAGCCGAAUUUCCUCAGGAUUUGUUUACUUGGACAUUCGUUUGUAACUCGUUUACGGCGAUAUAUGGACUCGCAUCCAGAUUUAAUGAACUUAAAGUUGCAUCAGGAUUUUUACAGUGUUUCAGUGCGGGCCCGUGGUGGUCUACGGAUCUCGAGCAUCGCUCGUUCCAGAGACUUCUUGACUUUUGAUAUGUUGCCGCACGUGUGUUUUAUGCAGAUUGGGGAAAACGACAUUCUUUUGCAUACCAAUGAAAUGAUUGUACGUGACAUUCUAUCUUUAGCAUCGUAUCUACAUUCCGGAAUAGGCAUACAAACAGUUAUUGUGGGUCAACUUCUGCGCCGCCAACCUUGGGCCUCGUCACCGGACUUCAACGAACGCAUCAUCGCCAUCAAUGUCAUGCUACGGGAACAGUGCUCAAACAUUUCGGGUGUGCAUUUCUGGCCUCAUAGAGGCUUCUGGACAGAUUUGACAUUUCUGUGCCAGGAUGGGGUUCAUCUCCGAUGCCCCUCCCAGUCAUCCCAUGUUGUGACCACCUCUCCUAUGCACCGGUUUUGGCGAAGUGUUCGCUCAGCUAUCUUACAGCAUAGGCACAUUUCAGGCCAGUAUCAUUCUGCUUAAAUUUGCUAGUCUGACCUUGGUUUCAAUUGCUUUACAUAUACAUAGCAAAAUAUUAUAACUAAGUACAAACAGUGAUUUACUUGAUAUGUCCUGUUGAUUAAGAAUUCACCCCAAUAUUCGGUGAUUUACUAGUUACAAGUCAUUGGGUGCAUGCAUUGCAUUUGUUUAUGUCAUAAACUUUAAAUUUUAUUGCUGUACGUGCCUUAUAUAACUGAUACAUGAUGAUGAUUAGUCAGUUAAUUUGUUUUUGGAGUAAAUUUAAUUCAGCUUUAUAGAUAAACUUGAUUGGAGUAGGUAUUUAUUUACUCCUGUAUAUACACUUUGGAAGCAACUUCUCUUUGUAUUGUGGGACCAUACACAUUACGAAAUGCUUACUUUGGAUGUUGCGGGACCAUACGCUUCAUCUUGUACGAGUGUAUUGUUGUAUGUGCAUUUUCCUUUGGUGCGGGACCAUACCACCUAAGACAUGCUUAUUUGGUUGUUGUAUUGUGGGGCCAUACACGUUACACAACUGUUUUCAUGUACACUAUUCGCAGUCGAUUCUGUGGUGAUGUUGCGGGACCAUACGCAUUAUCAUUUUAUGACUGCACAUGUAUUGAUUGUUUGUUACUGUUUAAUGUUGCGGGGCCAUACGCAACAGCAUAGAAAUAUGAUAUAAACUAUUUUAUUUUCAUAUGCACUUUUUCCUAUAUGAAGGAUCAAGCACACUUUAUUUCAAUAUUUGUUCAUGUUGGUCUUAAUCGUGUGUAUCAUCCACAUAAGACAUUACUGUUUACUGAAUAUAUUUCUGUUAAUGGAUAUAUUCAUAUUCAACUGUUGCGGGACCACACGCAACAUCUAUCUAAAAUAUUUCUAUGAAGUAUAGCUUCUUGUCUUUGUAUUAGUUUGUAAUCUUCUACUAUGUUAAACUAGCCGAAAAAUAAUAUCUUAAAAUUGGGUCAGACUAGCUUUAAA